UCCGGCCGGCAGCAGUGCGCGGUCGGGGCCGAGCAGGAGACCCUGUGACUGCUCUGCCCGACAUGCUCCGGUGCUCGGCAGGGUGGCCCGUGCGUGCGACUGCUCCGUUUGGGUCGUAUGUGGACAGUGAGCGGUGAACGGCGCCCCGUGACGGAUCGGGCGAUGCCUGUGCUCGGCGGCCGUCAGGGUCUGCGCCGCCUGACCGCCGCGCUGACUCUGGUGUUGACGUGCGUCUUGUUGAUGCAGUCAGCGCAUCGACAGCAUCCGCGCUGGGUGUCCACGGAACAGAGAGGAGGGACAGAGGAGGAACAGCAGGCCGGCGAGGGCCCGACCUCUGUGAGUGACGUGCUACUGCGACUGUGUCCUCCGCUGCACGGCCAUGUGGACUCGUCGGACGUGCCUGCCAACGUCCAGCACGUCCUGCGCUGGGCCUGCCUCCAGCUGGAGAAGCCGUCACCGCCGCCAGCCACCCCGGCCGGCUGCAAUAAAACGGUCUCCUACCUGCCGAUCGGCCGGCUAGGCAACCUGAUGGGCCUGUACGCCAUCAUCUACAGCUACAGCAGAAUCUACGGCGCUGCCGGGUAUGUGGACGAUAAGAUGCUGACCAAGCUGACGCGCUACUUCCCUGGCCUGUCGCUGCCGCCCACGUCGCGGCUUCCCACGGGGGUUCAGCGGCACAACAUAUCCUACCAGGACGCCGGCAAGUAUCUCGAGUGCGAUCCGGGAGAACACCACUCUGAGCCGCAGCAUUAUCUGAUUACCAUCUACCCGGACCGAAACGGCAUCGACCUCUUUCACCCGUUCUACGAGGAGCUGCGCCGAGAGUUUGAGUUCUCUGCGCGGCUGCAGCAGCAAGCGCAGACGUUCCUUCACUACGCGCGUGGCAAGCGCAGCACCGUCACCUUCAUCGGCGUGCAUGUGCGCCGUACCGACUACCGCGCAUACAUUGAAACCAAGUACAAGGGCGCGCUGCCCGACGAGGCAUACCUCAGUCGCGCGCUCGACUUCUACCGGCGCCGCUACGCCGACGCGCUCUUCAUCGUCUGUUCCGACGAGCUCGACUAUGUAGCCAAGCAGCUACACGUGCGUGAGAGCAAAGACAUCGUACUAGCCGGCAACCGGAACCUGGAGGACCCGGGCCGCGACAUGGCGCUGCUGGCGGCCUGCAACCACUCUGUGGUGACGGUGGGCACGUACGGCUUCUGGGGCGCCUACCUGGCCGGCGGCACGGUGCUGGCGCCCGAACAGCAGACGCACAUGACCAUGGGCGACCGGCACGCGCCGCUGCUGGAGAUUCAGCUGGCCGGCGCCGACAACUGGGUGGCGCUGAGGUGAUGGAGGACCGCGGCCAGAGGAGCCGAGAGAAGGACCGCGCAGGCCGGGAACUGGGAGGGGUAGCAGAGUCCAGGGACAGCAUCUAGUGAGAGUGGUGAGGCGCCAUCUCGACCGGGAAGGUGCCGUAUGCUCGAGGUUGCAGUCGCGUGUCUUGUGCGUGGUGAGAGGCCGGUGGCCGCGGUGAUAUAAUAUGGUGGGCCUGUGACUGUUAUGCUUGUUUCGAUCGAAUAGGAAAUGAAUGGGCAAUAGCAUGAUGUAAGCAUGUGGUGCUAGAUUGGUUUUGGUAUAUCAUGUUAUUUGUGGUCAGGCUGCAACAUUGAGCUGGGUUUAAAUCCGUCUCGACCUCUCCCGAUCAGGUCAUCAAUCCAGGCUGUGUACAUAUGUUGUGAGCAAACAUGGGAGUACACCCACAAACAAACCGGCCACCACCGCAGAGCAAACCACCAGGCGCAAAAUCACCAAAACCCAACAGGCGCCACGCGCACGGCGGACGGCCGCAUCGCCCCCAAAACGCCAGCAUCCUACGCCCGAAGCGAUCGGCCAGCCCGAAACGCCAAGAAAAACGGGGGAAAUCAGUGCGCCAUGGUUGUCAAACUGAGAUUGACCGCGUAUCCUGCGCCACCACCGCCGCACUUAUGCACGCCAUAUAAGUGAACACAGUACACAGAACCCCGCAGACUGCAAAAAGACAAUUCAUCACAAGCAAAUGAAAACAUGCCAAAUUGGCGACUGAGCAAAAUGGGUCCAGCACAGCAUACAACAUUGCUGGCGAAAUUCAAGAACAUCAGGCAAGACAACAGUCAUGAGCAAUAUAUUGUGAGCCAACACGUGGAAGUGAACCCGCAUGCGCGCCACGGCCGACUGCCGGGCCAGUGCAGCCGCCGCAACAGCUGAUCGGUCGAGCCAUCGCUCGAGGCAUGAUUGGUCAGCCCACCGGCCGGACCUAUGAGUCAACUGGAGGGCACGGGCGGCCAGCCGAAUUCAGGGUGUGGAAAAAUCGGUUAAUGCUUUCAGACUAACCGUGCAUUUUCCAGCCCCCUUCAUGGCACGAGACUAGUGCAUCAGCUACCGCACUCCCCCACCAGAGAGAAUGCGCCAUAACACUAAUCCAGGCUAUACAUAUAUCACGGAUCACAUAACGGAUCGGCAACUCCCCCCCGCGACCUGUCUCCCCUGCCACCUGGUGGGCAUUUAAGUGAACUAUCUUCACUAAGGAAGCGGCCGGCCUCGUGCGUGUUGAGGGCGUCGUGUCGGAGCUAAUUAAGUGAUUUUUCUGCGGAACAUGGUUUCUCAGUUAGCUUAGAAGAUACCUAUGGUAUAAAUGAGAAUGGCAAGAAUCGUUAGAGACAGGUUAAGUAUUUGAGAUUGUAUCCUUUGUCAUGAAAAUCGUUGUUUUCAUACCCACGUGGGCGACCUAGCGUCCAUCGUGAAAUGGGUAAUUUUCCGAUCGCUGUCAUCUCUUACAUAUAUUUCAUGAGUAUAUUUUUGAUAAAUAUUCAUCUGCCGAUUAAA